UUCUUCCUUCAGUAUCUAACCAACCAGGCCUUCCUCUUACCUCACUCCCAUUCCUGCUUUCGCUUUCUGUGCAUGCCUUUCCAUGACUGUAUUUGUUUCCUGACAAAACUGUCCAGGCCGGAAAGCGAAACUCCGUGUUCUUCCUUAGUUUAGUUUUCUGGGGUUUUGGGAAUGUGCGGACGGGAGGGCUCGUAACUGAGCUGUAGUAGAUUUUGUCGCGGAGGGCCAGUGGAUCUGGAAUUUUAGAAGUGAUUGACAUGCAUUGAGAAAAUAUACUGAAGUCAAAUUUAUUUCUCUGCGACUGAAACACAUGCUUCUGGCUUCGAAUUGUUCGUGUUUUGUAUAACGAGUUGCUUCUUAGUUUAUGUUUUAGUAUAUACGACUGAAUUCUGAUCAAAAUGCAAAGUUACGCAUAUCACGAGUUUGGUCUCUCUUGAUUUUUCAUAAGACAGGAUCGGGCUCUUGAAAUGUCAAAUUGGUGGGCAUUGUAGAAUUUGAAAAUUUUUCAGGUGGCUGGCAAUGAUUCUAACAAAGCAGUAUCGUUGCAUACACUCGACAAGCUGUAAAUGCACAAAAGGGCAUCUAAGCGAAGAUGUGAUAUUCCUAGUAUUUCAACAAUUGAACUGGAACCCUAAGUUAAUUGCUACUCUGUCCUGUGUAUGCAAAUGGUUUGAUGAUCUUGCAAAGAGAGUACUAUGGAAGGAGUUUUGCCGAACUAGAGCACCAAAGAUGAUGAUUGAUCUGCAAUCUAGUGGGAGUCACAAUGUAGAUGGGAACUGGAGAGCACUCGGGAAACUACUUAUUUACUGUUCAGGAUGUAAGAAAGGUGGCCUGUUUGAUAGUAAUCAAAUCCCAGGCCACUUUGUUUAUAGAACUCGGUUCUCUAGGACAUCAGGGAAGAGUUUUCUUUUGCCACAAUGCAGAUCAGAUGUUUUGUAUGUGUCUGACCCUUGUGAACAUCUUGAUCAAGGGGAGGAAGGGGAUGUGGGAUUCUUCCGUGGAGUUUUCAAGUCAUUCUUGGGGUCAAAGGUGCGGAAGCUGCUAAUUAAAAGGGGGGCCGAGUUUCAUCCGACAGAGGUGUGCCCAUAUUGUAAGGCAAAGUUGUGGAACAUGCUGCAAGCUAAGAUGAUACCACAAAGUGCCAGCUGCAGGUUGGUUGCUUAUGAGGAUUGCAUUGAGUAUUAUGUGUGUCUCAAUGGACACAUGCUUGGGAUCUGCACCCUUUUACCUUUAUCUGAUUCGGAAGAGGCAUCUGAGUUGGAGUGAUAGUUGCAAUGAAGCUCAGUAAACUGUUGUUGAACUUAUUUGGUGGAACCUGGAAUCCAUCAUCUCAAUUUCAUACGGACUCUCGCGACCGCUGCUUAUCAGUCUCGCCCUGGACAGGCAUGUUCCCGCAAAAGGCCAAAAGCAGCUGCUAACCACUUCUUUUUAAACCAUCCUCUACAUAAACCGUUAAUGUGAACAAUAUACAACGUGUACAUGUAUGUAUGAGCCAUAUAUGUAUUUGGAUGGUAGAUUUGGUUUGUACAAUAAACCAUACACACUCGUCUACGAAGAACUUUCUGCUUAAUUGUUUACUGAUUUUCUCUACGAAUUACAACUCACUUUAGAUUCUAC